AUGUUUACUCUCAGGGUUGUAGGAGGGCUUGUCAUCGUUCUUCUUCUAAAGAAACUCUUCGAAAAAAGAACUGAUGCUUCUGCAAAGGCUAAGAACGACGCAGCAACUUCAUCAGCCACACAAGAGUGCGUUUCCGAUUCCUCUUCACUGCUUCCCUCUUCUGGAAAAAACGAGGCAGCAGCAUCAUCUGCCACACAAGAGUGUGAUUCCUCUUCUUCUUCUUCACCACUUCCCUCCUCUGGAAGGAACGAGGUAGCAGCAUCAUCAGCCACACAAAAGUGCGUUUCCGAUUCCUCUUCUUCUUCUUCACCGCUUCCCUCUUCUGGAAAGAACGAGGCAGAAGCAUCAUCUGCCACACAAGAGUGCGAUUCCUCUUCUUCUUCUUCACCGCUUCCCUCUUCUGGAAAGAACGACGCAGCAACUUCAUCUGCCCCCCAAGAGUGCGUUUCCGAUUCCUCUUCACCGCUUCCCUCUUCUGGAAAGAACGACGCAGCAGCAUCAUCUGCCACACAAGAGUACGGUUCGUCUUCUUCUUCUUCAUCGCUUCCCUCUUCUGGUUGGGAUUACGAGGUGUUCUUGAGCUUUAGAGGUGAGACUCGCACCAACUUCACCGACCACCUUUACCACGCUCUUCUCGACAUUGGAAUCCGCACGUUCAGGGACAACGAAGAACUCCGAAUCGGAGAAAAGAUCGAUGGGGCGCUUCGCUCUGCGAUCAACCAAUCCAAAAUCGCCAUUGUCAUCUUCUCAAAAGACUAUGCUUCCAGCAAAUGGUGCCUCGGUGAAGUUGCAGAAAUUGCGGAGUGCAUGAAAUUAGAGAGAGGCCAAAGAAAAAUGAGAGUGAUGCCCGUUUUCUACCAUGUAGAUCCAUCUGUCGUCCGAAACCAGACUCCUGGUAGCUCCUAUGGGAAUGCUUUUCAGGAGCACAAGAAGAAUAUCGACAAGGAUACCGUAGAGGUGUGGAAGAAGGCUCUGAAAGAGGUUGGUAGAUUGAAAGGAUGGGAUCUGAAGAAUACUGCUGAUGGGUAA